ACCGCGCCGUACCGUUACACGCACCGGCACCGCCGUGGGCACUGUGACAGUGCCAAUUUUAGUACAUGUGAUUGUAUCGAGAUUGGGUAUGUAUGUAAGUCAGGGGAACAUUAUUUGUGAUAUUCGUUUAAACUUCCCCAGUCCAGUCAGCCGAGAGCCAUGGGGAUGACUUUGAAGACCAAGAAGCGACUCACAUUCGUGGCGCAAUCAGUCUUCUUUUUAUUUGGUGGGAUUGAAUACGCUGUUGUUCUGCCAACACUCAAUGAGUACCUGGGCCAUCUGGACGGCGAUGCCACGUUCUUUGGCAUUGUCAUGGCUGCAUUCAGCUUCAGUGGGCUGCUGAUGUCGCCCCUCUACGGUCUCAUCCAGGACCGCUUCAAGAAAACCAAAAUUCUCAUUUUGUUUGCGAAUCUCUGGGAAAUAGGGGGCAAUUUUCUCUACUUCUACGGAGGUUCUAAAUAUAUUCUGCUCAGCAGUAGGUUAAUGUCAGGGGUUGGUGCUGGUGUGGGGUCAGCCAUCUUUGCACAGAUCUCUCUGACGUCCACUGAGAAAGACCGAGCAGCAGCCCUGUCUAUUGCGUCAGCAGCCCGGCAAGUUGGCCUGCUACUGGGCCCGGCCCUCAAUCUACCUCUCAACAUCUGUGACUUCUACAUCGGGCCAUUGCAUGUCAAUAAUUUCACAGGACCGGGGUUUGUGAUGUGCAUCCUCUUCGUCCUGUUGGAGGUUGUCACCCUUUUCUGUUUCUACGACAUCCCUCCUCUCAGCGAACAAAACCAGAGCGAGAAUGGAGAAGACCAAUCGGACGCUGCCUCUAUUGGGAAUGCGCAAGUUCCCACAGUCCCUACCAACGAUAGCUACGCUUGCAGAAAUGAAGGUGCAAAUGACGACAGUGGCUUGUAUGACUCAUACACCACAGACUCGUCGCAAAGUAGAACUCAGAGACUUAACGGUGGACGUGUAUUAAACCAGGCUGUCGAAAAGUAUGGAGAGACUAGCUCGGAUGGUAAUGGAGAAACACAGAAUUUCUCUAGGCUUCAAGUCUUCCUUCAGGAGGAGGUAUUGGUUCUUCUAACUGCUCAGUUUGUCUUCAUGUUCAACCAAACGUGUCUAGAGACUGGUCUGACGGUAAUGACGAAGCAGUUGCUGAACUUUGGUGGUGUUGAAAAUAGCAUCCUGUACGCUGUCGCUGGUGUAGAGCUUCUCGUCAGUUUAAUCAUCAUCAGAUGCCUGAGCAGGGUAAUCUCAGACCGCACCAUGCUCUUCGGUUCGUUAACACUCGAGAUCCUACCAUAUAUCCUGUUGUUGAUAUUCUACCCUCAUGCCAUCCCAGGGAGAAGCAGAAAUCUGUGGUGGUUCGUGACCCUUUUCAUUAUUCAAGUGUCCGGUUUGGGCUUCCUGUUCAUAUCCCUUGUUUCUUUGUUCUCCAAGGUCACUCCAGGGGCCAUCCAAGGUUUUGCUCAGGGUAUUCGCCGGUCUCUGGGCGGAGUUGGCACCAUCAUGGGCCCCCUAUGGGCGGGUUGUAUUGAACACUGGCCAUUUGAGACCUUAGCUAUCAUGAUGGCUCUGUUCAUCUUAGUCUGGGGCAUGUGCAUAUUAUCAUGGAAACGUCUCAGGCCACAUUCUGACAUUGCGGAGGCAAGACGGGUACCAGCUAGCCUUGAGGUUGAUGAGGAAACCAAACCAUUGCUUGUCAACUCCAACGAGAAUGAUUAUGGAGUAGUGGCUUGAAAUUCGCAACUUGUCACUUUGUUUUGAUCAACAAAUGUACAUACCACACAGUCCUCAGGAACCUGCCUUAGUUUACAAGGCCAUAUCUGAUUGAGUUUUUUGCUGUGGCUUCAGGCUUGCCAUAAGCAUACUGUAGUGAACAGCCAUAGCCACAGAUCUUUAUCAUGAUGCUGCCAUAUUUGUCUUGUUCUCUGUAGACACAUUUGCGAGAGUAAUACGUGAAGAUAAAAGGGAACAGACUAUAUUUCCUUCCAGCCUCAGUUUGGUCCCAUUGCUUUGAAUGGUAGAAAAGCAAGAUGGCUGCCCCAUGAAAGAGGUCUAUGAUUGGUAUGAGUAAACAUGCUUUAGUUGUCUUAGCAGUGUUUUUAAAUCAGCUCAUUCAUUAAAUGACAAGUCAAGAGUUUGCACUAAAACCAACACAAAUGACCAUAACAGCCUCAGUUUUUAUUGGCAUAAAUACGUGUAUAUGGAGGUAAUUUUUAUAUUUGGAGUAUGAGAUGACUGUAUUUAUAUACUACACUCCAUUCCAAAGGGGUGAUAUUUACGGGUCACAAAUAGUGAAGAUAUUUUACCAUUGCCUGGGCUGAGCGACCUCUCGCUAAAAAUGUAUGUGAUCCUCUCAGGAUCCUAUAAGAUGGCUCAAAUUCCAAGGUUGAGAGGACAAGUCUUCAGAGUUUGCAGGGCAUGUUAAUCAAAGGAAUUCUGCAGCCUUGUCCAGUUGAAUCAUUCCAUCCAUUUCGUCAAAGCGACGCCCACAAGCCAAUUACUCGUAAUUGAUACAUUUCAUGUGCAGAUGUUCCUAACAUGUUGUGAUUUUCUUUAGUUGUGUGUUCUAUGUACAAUUUUAGACAGUUCAGUUGUCCAGCUGCUUGUGCAGUUUUUCACUUCCAGCUAGACAGGACUGGUUCCAAGUCCUUGAUGUCAAUUAAACUCAAGAAAGGUUCUUAUGCUUUUAACACAAUAUUCCAAAAGGCUUCGUACAGCAGAACGUUGAAUAUUUUGUUCUCCGACAUUAAAGUUGGAGAACAAAAUAUUCAACGUUCUGCAAGUAUAUUUCCGUUUCAGGACGGAAGAAAAAUAUAGACCGUAGA